AUGUUUGCUAAAGAUAAUGCCGAUGCUGGUACAGUUCAACCAGGUCUGCAGGUGAAGGUUGGCGACUGGACAAAGCUUAGCUGGGCAGCAAGCCAGUGGAAGAAUAAGCCCCGGAGGCCCUUGCGGGUCCUCUCGGAUCAGCCUUACCAAGGGCUACAUGGACAAAGAGGAAAUGACUUGUUUCCCAUGCUGCUGCUUCUGGCGGCCCAGAGCAGGAUGGGACCUCUCAAGGACUUGGUCUGCGAGGGUUCCAUACUGCACCCCACUCUGCAGAUGAACCCAGUUACAGCCUGUGCUCAAGUCCCACUCCAGGUGAUGGAUCCUGAGUGUGGCUCUCAAGGUGAUGGGAGUCAGGUUAGGCAAGGCUCUGCCGAGAACUGUCUCAACAAACAGCAGCUCCUCACGGCCAUCCGCCAGCUGCAGCAGGUGCUGAAGGGGCAGGAGACCCGCUUUGCCGAGGGCUUCCGCAGCAUGAAGAGCCAGCUGGCGGCGCUGCACCACUCGGUGGCCAGAGCGGGCCCGGACUCCCCCCCAGUGUCCUGCCCUGCUCUGAAUGCCCCCCCAGAUGGCAGAAAGUUUGGAAGCAAGUACUUAGUGGAUCAUGAAGUCCAUUUUACCUGCAACCCUGGGUUCCGGCUGGUUGGGCCCAGCAGCGUGGUGUGUCUUCCCAACGGCACCUGGAGGGGGGAGCAGCCCCACUGUAGAGACAUCAGCGAAUGCUCCAGCCAGCCUUGUCAGAAUGGGGGGACCUGUGUAGAAGGAGUCAACCAGUACAAAUGCAUGUGUCCUCCGGGGAGGACUGGGAGCCGCUGUCAGCACCUGGCCCAGACAGAUCAGCAGAAUGGCUCUUCCUUUCCAAUGCUCGCAUCACACUCUGCAAAGUCAGUAGUUACUGAUACAAGCAAGUACCCGCAGAACUGUGCAACUAGACAUUUGACUGGUGCGGCCCCCGACGACACCGUAGCCGGCGACUCCGCCUUCAGCCGCGCGCCGCGCUGUGCGCAGGUGGAGCGGACGCAGCACUGCAGCUGCGAGGCCGGGUUCCACCUGAGCGGCGCCGCGGCCGGCGACAGCGUCUGCCAGGAUGUGAAUGAAUGCGAGCUCUACAGGCAGGAGGGACGCCCCCGGCUCUGCAUGCACACCUGUGUGAAUACCCCGGGCUCCUACCGCUGUGCCUGCCCCAGCGGGUACCGGACACUGGCUGAUGGGAAGAGCUGUGAGGAUGUCGAUGAGUGUAUGAGCCCACAGCUCGUGUGUCCCCGGGGGACCAUGUGCAUCAACACCGGUGGAGGCUUCCAGUGCGUCAGCCCAGAGUGCCCGGAAGGCAGUGGCAACGUGAGCUACGUGAAGACCUCUCCGUUCCAGUGUGAGCGAAACCCCUGCCCCAUGGACAGCCGACCCUGCCGCCACUUGCCCAAGACCAUCUCCUUCCAUUACCUCUCUCUGCCCUCCAACCUGAAGACGCCCAUCACACUCUUCCGCAUGGCCACGGCCUCGGCCCCCGGCCGACCUGGACCCAACAGCCUGCGCUUUGGGAUCGUGGGCGGGAACAGCCGGGGCCACUUCGUGAUGCAGCGCUCAGACCGGCAGACGGGGGAGCUGAUCCUGGUCCAGACCCUGGAGGGGCCUCAGACGCUAGAGGUGGAUGUUGACAUGUCGGAAUACCUGGACCGCUCCUUCCAAGCCAACCACGUGUCCAAGGUCACCAUCUUUGUGUCCCCUUAUGACUUCUAA